CUUCGAGAUGGAUCAUUCACAAUGUGUUAAACAGUGAAAGUACAAUCAAAAAAGAUUUGUGCUUCUUUUUCUGACCUUUGGUGACUUUUAAUUUUUUUAGAUAAUGCUUAUCGCCUUUUAGCAACAAAAGUAUAACGGAAUUGCACCAUAACAAGUGCUUGAACUAUUUUCUUCAAUAUUUUGCGGGAAAUAUCUAUCACUACGCCAGGUUCUCAAAAUGGCGGAUUGUUACCAAGAUAAACUAGAGGAUUAGCCGUGGAAUUUUAACGUAUUUUUCACUUUCUGUGAAACAGCACCAUUUGAUUGAUCUUGCAGCAAAUUCCAGGAAUGGCUACAGGAGGCAUUCAAAUGGCCCGCAGUUCUAGGUCAGAACCUCGGAGGCCUGCUGCUUACAGGUCCCUGAAUUUGACAGACAGGGAUGAUAAAUCUAGUGCAAGCAGCGCUUUAGUUGAAGAUAGACCAAAUAACUGGGAUUUCUCUGACUGGAGACCAGGAGGUGCUCCUUUUGACCAGAGCAGAGUGAGAGCCAAGAAGGGGAAUCCUGAGAGAGAAAAAGAAAAGGAACAGUCACUUUCACUGGAGUCAACACCAGUUCAUGAACAAAAGCACAGGACUCCCUUCACAUUUCCUCGUACCAGGAUCACAGCCAGUACUCCUGCCUCACAGAGAGUUGCUCUGGAGAACUUGAAACAGCAGCUUACUUAUAGUGAUGCUGAAGAGAUAAGUACAGAUGGUGAAAGAAACAAUGAAAGACAUGUCCCAAUCCGUCGUGAGAAUCCCUCCAACUAUUUGCGCCAGGAGAUGUUUGGAAGUGAUGGAAACAAGAGGAGAACCAUUUCUGGUUCCACUCAUACCAGCAACACGUCCAACCUGAACACUAAUCCCAAUGCUGAGGAACCGCCUGACAGUAACCAGAUAGUGAGUCGUCUUAUGCAAAUCAGAGACUACCUCAAACAGGCCAACUCCAUGAUAGACUCUCUGCAGAACUCGUCUGAUACACAGGAAGCUAGAGAACAGAUUGGGAAGUUGAAUAGACUUGUGGAUCACCUGAGGGAGCAGGAGAAAGGCUACAUGGGCCUGUUGCAAAGAAUGCUGGCUGCUCGUGAGGAGGGAUUGGGAAUCAAUGGUGCAGUAGGAGGUGGCUCUGGGGAAUCCGGCAACUCCAAGGUGGAAUCUAUAGCAGACAGCACUUCCAUUGAUAUUGAUAUGCAGUCUGAUAUCUCGGAGGCCACAACAGACCGUUCCUUCAAUGCAUUCACGCGACCUAAAAUAGAGGACCAUCUUAUGACCUUCUCAGAGAUGGAGGACAACGAGCCUUUAAGUGCCCGUAGUCACAUGUCCACUGAUAGUACUCAAUCCCUGCCGCAUAUAGACGUGGAACAAUUCUUCGACAGGGAUUCAGGGUCACAUAGUUUAGAGUCCCAAGACCCAAGUCUGCAGACCUCAGAACUGGGAGCUCUGAGACAGCAGCAAGAUCUGUUGAAAAAGCUCCUGACUCAACAGCAGCAGCUAAGAGACUUACAGGACAGACAGGCAGGAUUGCUAAAGCAGCAACAGGAGGCAGAAAAAAGACUGUCAGAAGUCAAAGAGAGUCAAAUGCGCCAUGCAGCUGCUGCCACUGCCAUUGACUCUGACCAGGAAGGUUCCCUGGAGAGAACACUGACAGCAGAUGGCACCAGCAGGUUCCAGAUGCUGAGGAACAGACAGGAAGAGUCCCAGGAUGAGUCAGUAUCACAGUCAGAGCAGUCAGAACAGGAGGAGGAGGAAGAGGUCGAUCCUGAGGUGGUGCCAGAGGAAUUACAAGCUUUACGCCAGAGACUUAGCUACCUGAAGAGCCUCUAUGAGAGACAGGAUGAUAUGACGGACUCAGUCAACCUGUCAGCAGACGAGCAGUCCAUGUCCCAGCAGUCAGUGACUGGGUCAGAGAUGACCCCCACUACUAAGGACCGUAAGCAGUUGAAGGGCAAGCUGCAGGAACUCCAAGAUAAGAAGCAGAAAAUGGACAGACUUCUCUUGGAGCUGCAGAGUUUAAGGAGCCAAAGAGAUCAGAUGAACAACGAAGUGGAGACUGGAAGCACCACCUCAUCCCAGAUUCGUAUUAGUCAAUCCAUUGCAGCCACAGCCAGUGCCAAUGAGACAGCUAAUGAAGCCAAUGACAUGCUGGAGAUGCUGGAUGCCAGGCAUAAACUCAAGAAGCUUCAAGAAGUUCGAGGACGCCUGAACCAACUGCGUGACUUGGUCCAGUACUACCAGACGGGAAGAGAAUUCAUCCAUGAAGAUGGUGGGGAGGAUGAGGAUGCCUCUUCCCUUCCUGCAUUCAGUGACUAUGAGGACCCUGAACUGAUGAAGAACCUCAAGAAAUUAAAGGAGCGAGGCACUCUGUCUGACCAGUUGUACAGGUAUGCAGCAGAGGAGUCGCAGUCCACCUCACAACAGAUGACCACCACCACAGAAGACGAGACCACAGAUGAGACGGAGGAGUCUGCCUCUGUUCUCAGCAGUAAUCUCGGAGCCUAUGGAGAUGAUCCUGAAAUACAGGAGAAGGUCAAAAAACUGAAAGCUGCCAAAGAAAAACUGAAGAGACUCCAGCAGCUGGUGGCCAUGGUCCAGCAGUCCCCUGAGGCUGCCCAGGUCCUCCCAGAUGACCUGGCCGAGCUGGCGGCCAGCAUUGAUGACCUGGAGGAUGGGGACACCUCUGUUAUGUCCUCCCAGGCCACACAGACACAGGACGAGGAUGGACAGGACUAUGGGACCAUGGCCAGGAUGGAAGAGAGCUCCAGAGACCAGUACUACCAAGCUAAGAUGAAAGAACAGAAGCAAGAGCUCGAUGCUCUGAUGGAGGAGAGAAAGAAACUCAUGGCAAUACAGUACCAGUUGCAACUACUCCAUGAACAGUUCCCUGAUGAGGAAGCUAGUCCCAACCCUGGCCAUGUAAAUCGCCAGGCACAAUCCAAGGGUAAAGAAAGUGUAACUUUCAAAGAACCAGAACUCGAAGAAGAAGUGGUGAGCAUGAAUGAUGAGCUUUGGGGCAAGAUGCGUAAACAAAGAAUGUUGCAGGAAGAACUCAGACAGAAGAAAAAGGAACUGGAAGAUUUGAUGAGGAAAGAUAGGAAUAAUAAAACAUAUAUAAGAAACCAAGAUAACCAAAGUGAUCUUGGGUAUGGGAUGAGUGUCCAGAGUGCUGGGGAUGUCACCAUGGCAACAUGGGGAGGUUCCACUGUAGAUAAUCCAGAAGAUACAUUUGAUGACUAUGGACAAGAUGAUGAUGAUGAUGAUAUUGAUGAUGGCUACCCAAGUGAUGGUAUAGUCCAGGUUGAGGAAGAAGAAGAGGCACGUGAUGAUGAUGAUGACAGAGGAACAUACACUAUUGAUGAAGAAUAUCAGCGGAGAGAGCGUCAGAGAGGGGUGUUUGUACGACCUCCUGUGAUAGAUGAUGAGUCACCCAGUGAUGGAAGAAUGAGAGGUGGAGCCAGGCCCAAAUUUGACCCACAGGAUCCAAGAAACAGAAACCCAUGGUCAAAGUCCCCCCUGAGCAGUGGAAUAUACCAGCGUGGCUGGCCAACUUUCAGUGAACAGAGGCGACAGAGAGCACAACAACAGAAUUACCGGUCUGCUGAGGAGAUCAUAAAGGAAGACGAGGAUAAUGUGGAUGAUGGCCAGCAGAGCCAGGACUAUAUUGUCACAUUGCAGAGACAGCUAGAAAACACCAAUGACAUUUGUAGGACCUUACUACAAGACCAGCAGGCACUCAUGGAGGCUUUGUCUACUGCAGGUAUCAGCAUUCCAUCCAAUUCCUACAGGAAGACUGCCUACUCCGAGAUGAUCCACCACUACAGAGACCAGAUGCAGCAGCAGCAGCUCCUGUUCAAUGUGAACCAGAUGUACUACCAAAUGUCCCAGCAGCAGGCAGAGAUACACAACCUCCACCACCAGCUACAGUCACUGCUCAGAGGAACUGGGGAUGAGGGGGAAGAAGAGGAGGAGGAGCUAAGGUUACAUCCAAAUAGUGUUGGACCCUGGGGGUAUCCCCCAAUGAGCCAGCAGCAGUCCCCCCUGCUGUAUCCCCCUUACCCCAUGAUGAAUCCGUCCCCAGUAUUUAGCCCAGACAAUAGAUUUAGUCCGUACGUGUCCCCUUAUGCCAGUGGCAUGUAUCCAUAUUAUCCAGGAUUAGAGCAGCAAAUGAGAGGGCAGCCUCAGAAGCUGUCCACUUACUCUGAUACCAUAGAGCCAUCAGAGGAUGAGAACCCCUUUGUCAUUCCGUCCGACCCCAGGUACCGUCCAUCACACCCCCCUGAGCCUGCACCUCCACCCCCCUCAUCCCCUGUACCAAAGCUGAAUUUGAGAGAGGUCCUCAAGCCAAGAAAAAGGAGGAGACAGGAUGUUGAGGAUUCUGCAAGGUCAGAGUUGUCUGAGAAAUCUGGGUCAGCUGUGAUAGGUCAAGUAUACCCUACCCCUAGUCGCGCCAAUGCUGCUGCACGGUUAGCCAGUCGCCGUCAGCCUCCUCCUGAAGAAUACCGUCCAGGUCUUAGCGCAAACAUCAGUGGGACAGCCUUCAUGGACACUGCCUCACUGUCCAGCUACAUGUCCAGUCUGCCUGGUGGGGAAUCCUCUGCCAGGGAACAGAGGGCCAAAAUUAACAGUGAACUUGAAUCUGACACUCCCAGUGAAUUCUCCCUGUUUGAGGCCCUGCGUGAGACCAUCUACUCAGAAGUAGCUACUCUGAUCUCCCAGAAUGAGACCCGUCCACAUUUCCUGAUUGAGCUGUUCCGUGAGCUCCAGAUGCUGAACUCUGAUUAUCUCCGGCAGAGGGCGCUGUAUGCCAUCCAGGACCUGGUGACACGAUUCCUGACAGAGGAGAGCGUUGAUGCCAGUGAGAGCACACAAACGCCUCUUCCUCCCUGGUUGCUGGUAGCUGGCGCCACUGGCGAUGAGCAGACACCCAGUGAGUCUCUCAUCACUUCUGAUGAGGAGGAAGUCAGGGCUAAACUGUAUGAGAUGGAGAUGGAAAUGGCCAAAGGCAAGAGCAGUGACCGGUCAGCUGCAUCACUGCAGUCAGGUUCUAUCCGUAGUGACCGCUAUGACUAUGUGGAGAGGGCAGACACCAGCAGCACCAUGUCUACUCCUCCCUCUGGCACCUAUUGGGACUCCCCCUUUGCUCAAGACUUGGGAGAAACUGUGAUACAUUUGGAUAAGGCUAUGCAGAAGGUGCGUGACUAUGAAAGGCGUAUGCAGGAGGCUGUUGAUAAAGGUCAGGCUGCCAAUGUGGCUGGCCUAAAGGUGAAGGAUACUUCCUCUGUUGGGACCAGUAGCUCAGCACAGGAUCCAGGCAGUGAGAGCUCCAUAUCAGAUGUGCCAUACCCUCGUAUUGACACGCAGCAGUUAGACCAGCAGAUCAAGAGCAUCAUGACAGAGGUGAUCCCAGUGUUAAAGGAGCACAUGGAGGACGUGUGUUCCACCCAGCUGCUGGCUUACAUACAGAGGCUGGUGCUGACACUGACCAAACAGCAGGACGAUGGCCAGGAGUUUGUACGCUUUUUCCACAAACAGCUUGGUUCUCUGUUGCAAGAUUCUCUGGCCAAGUUUGAUGGAAGGAAGAUGCGUGAGUGUGCUGAGGACCUGCUGGUGGACAUGUCAGAGGUGUUGUUCAAUGAGUUGGCAUUCUUCAGACUGAUGCAGGACCUGGAUGAGACCACAGUGGAGGUCAGGACCAGGGCGAAGAAGUGGGCACAGGAAUCUCAGACAUCUACAGAGACCACUGAGGAUGGCUUGCCAGACCAGGAUGAGACUGAGGACAGCAGUGAGGAGGAGGAGGAGGAGGAAGAAGAGGAUGAGGAAUCUGAGGAUGGGGAAAACACAGCACUACACGUGUCACCUAAAGAGGAAGAGGAUCUUGGCAAGGCUAGAGAUGAUGAGAUGGCCUAUGCCACAGAUAUGGGGAGGGAAGAUGAUGAAUCCCUGUCACAGACACCCAUCAACAUAGAACUGGCUGUCAGUGAGACCAAACCUUUUACUAGGAUUGGAAGUGAUGAGGAUGAAGACGAGGAAGAAGAGACACAAAGUGCAGACGAUCCUUCAGAGACAGCAGUAUCACGAGAAGAAGAAAAGGAGAAGUCAUCAGGCGAGUCCCCAUCCCCAUCAGGACCAGAUGCCUCACCGUCUUCCUCCAAUGUUACGGUGAUUGAUACCACAACAGCAGCGACCUCUGGUGGUGAUGUUGAGAACAGAGGCGGAGGAGAUGCGGAAAAUGGAGCCACUUACAUGAAUGGAGAGGUUGUUAUUGCAGAAGAAGAAAUAGAAAUAGUAACUGUAGAUGAUCUGCCCCCUAAAAUGUCUGGACUGGAGAAGCAGGCUCAGGUUGAGAACCAAGUGAAUGAAGAAGCCAAGGCAAGUUCUGGCACUGCAGCAGUGUUAUCCACCAUGCCCUCUGGAGAGGAGGAGUUGGCAGGGGACGGGGCUGCCAUCAGAGAACCGGGCACCUUUAGCCCAGUGUGUACCAUGUAUGAUGAGAAUAAGGUGGCAUACAAACACACACCAAAGGGAGGGAAGUUGAUGGCUAGCAGCAAUCAGCAGUAGAAAUACAAUACAGCAUAGUCUGAGAUGCCCCAGCCUGCACAAACUACAGUUCAAGAGAGUGCAGUGUGAUGUGAACCAAGGUUGUGAUCCAUGUGUAUGGGACCAGUAGCGUGUGACUGUGAUUCAGAGACUGUAUGUAGAGGUGAAACUUAACCCAGGAAGGAAGGGAAGCUAUAAAUACAAGUGUAGGAAAAGGAGGAAGUUCUGUUUAGUGUUGACAUUGCAAAUGUUGAACUCUUUAAAGUUUUAUCCAAUUUGUUAUUUAAUGAGUUGUGUAGGAAUAUGGAAUCUAUUGGACAUGGUGUGGUGUUGGAAAAAUUAUAAGUUUGUUUGAAGUUGAACAGAAUAAAUACAGGGAUCAGAUUCAGUAAGAGGGAGGUAAAAAAGAUAAACAAUUUCAAAUUGAAUUAAACAGAACAGUGUGCCCCAAGUGAAAAUUUGCAGUGAUAAAAUGAGGUUUGACUAUGGUUUUACCAAAUUAAAUUUUUUGAAUGGUUAUUUUAUAACCCUUAAAUUUUAUUCUUAGUGAAUGGGUUUUGGGAGUUGAAAGUUCCUAUACAAGUGUGCUGGAUGAAUUUCAGAACACAGCAGUUGUAGAAAAGUACUCCACCCUCAGCUUGUUGAGAUUCAUUUGCAAUGUAUUAUAGCUGAUUUUUUUUUUUUUUUGAAAGGAAUUAUUUGCCACAUAAGAUUGAAGAAAAUUAGAAAUCCAUUAUUGUUACCAUGAAGUGCAUUUAAUAUUAUAUUGUUAUAACAGCAUAUCCCAGCUGAAGGCACAUGUACAGUAACAUGCACCCAAUGACAAAUUAUUUUGAUCAUUUUUAUUUUAAUUUAGAUGUGUGACAGUGCUUUCCCAAUUAAAUUUAUAGUUUACAUUGAAAAAAGAUGGAUUAUUGAUAUCUUAAUUAUGAUUAUUUCUUUGUACUUUUUGAACGAUGUUUUAUUAUAGUAAUAUUAACUUGUUGUGUGAGCUGAGUAUUGAGAGAACAGUUGUUGUGUUGAGAUGUAUUAAACACAGGAAUAAAGCA